UUAUAAGAUCCUAUAAUGGAUAAUACUGUGGUAGAAUGGAUUAGCUAUUCAAGCAUUUUAAUAGCAAUUCUAACUACAAUCAUUAUUAGCAUCUUGAGCUUCAAAAGCAAGAGUGGUAGAAUUAAUCUUCCACCAGGUAAUCUGGGGCUCCCUAUAAUUGGAGAGACAUUAGAAUUCUACAGAGCCCAGAAACGUAAUAGAGUGUUUGAGGAUUUCUUUGGCAACAGAAUCCAAAAAUAUGGGAGCGUUUUCAAGACUGGGUUGAUGGGAUCUCCCACUGUAGUUUUCACCGGAGCCGCCGGUAAUCGUUUCCUGCUUCAUCAUGAGUUCAAGUUGGUGAUGAGCUCAUGGCCAGAGUGCACAGUAAAUCUGAUAGGCAAGGGAUCUAUCAUGGAAAAACAUGGUGCAGAACACAAGCGCCUGAGAGGGGCUGUAAUGGCCUGCUUAAGGGCAGAUGUUUUGCAGAGCUUUGUGGGAAAACUGAGCUCUGUGAUUGAAGAUCACUUUGAGAGGCAUUGGAAAGGAAAUGAUGUUGUUCUUGUUUAUCCCUUAACCAAGUUGCUCACUUUUACUUCUGUGUGUAGUCUUUUCUUGGGCUUUGAAGGAGAGGAUGAGAUUAAGUAUUUGUUGAAUCUGUUUGAGAAGGUUUUGUUGGGUGUUUUUGCUUUUCCCAUUGAUCUUCCAUGGAGCAGGUACAGGCGAGCCAGGUGGGCAAGAUGUAAGAUUGAUGAGUUUCUGUUAACGUUGAUUAAGAGGCGGCGUAGGGAUCUGGCUGAAGGGAGGGCCUCUGCUGAACAGGAUUUGUUUUCCAGGUUGCUGACUUUGAAUGAUGAAGAUGGUAACACGCUUAGGGAUAAGGAGGUCAUGGAUAAUGUUGUCUUGUUUAUGUUUGCUGCCCAUGAUACCAGCUCUUAUGCCAUUGCCAUGAUGUGUAAAUUUCUCAGGGAACACAAUGAUUGCUAUGAACAAAUCUUAGCAGAACACAAGCAGAUUCUGAAGAGCAAGGAACCAGGAGAAAAGCUCAACUGGGAAGAUGUAAAAAAUAUGACAUAUACAUGGAGAGCAGCCCAAGAAACAAUGCGCUUGCUUCCUCCAAUCUUUGGGUCAUUCAGAAAGGCAAUUGUUGAUUUUGAAUACGAAGGCUACACCAUACCAAAAGGAUGGAAGGUUUUAUGGACAGCAUCAACUCACUAUGAUGCAGACUGUUUUCAAGAGCCACAGAAGUUUAAGCCAUCCAGAUUUGAAGAUUCAAUUCCACCAUAUGUGUUUGUCCCAUUUGGAGGAGGAGUUCGUAUGUGUGCAGGUUUAGAGCUUGCUAAAUUGCAAAUUACAGUGUUCAUACACCACCUUGUAACUCAAUAUGAUUGGUCAUUAGUGGAUCCAAGUGAAGGAAUAACUAUGGAUCCUCUCCCUACUCCAACCAAGGGAAUGCCUGUAAGGCUUACCAAAAAGAACACAUAAACUAAGGACUUAGUCUCUUUCUUUUUGAACUUCUAUUAUAACAAAAUGGAAGUUAAUUGCAACUACAAUUUGAAAGAGUGUGUCAUGUAAGUGGAAAGAGUAAAAGAUUUGAGUUUAGAGUUUAGUGUUGCAUAUA